GGGCCAGAGGGUGGGGCACUUCCGCCGGCGUGCGGGCGGCCGCUCCCGCUCGGCAGGGCACCUCGCUCGGGACCGCAGCCAUCCCCGCAGUGGGACCGAGAAAGGCCGGAGGCGCGCUGGCGAGCGGACCCCGAGAUAGGGCCUCGGGCGGCGCCUCGCGGAAAAGAGGGCUGAGCAGUGCCGGCCGGGCGGUGUGAAAGAAAACCCGCUUCUCACACUGGACUCAAGCUGUUCUUGCAAACCAAAUUAAUGACAAGUGUCUUUGACCAAAUGAGUCUCACGGUGCUGUGAACAGGCUGGAAUUGGGGGUUACAGCCUGAAGCGGUAGGCUCUGCAGGAUCCGAGGAAGAAGGCUCUCCCCUCUGUAAAUGUCCGUCCCUGGUUGCAGAACUUUAUUCUCUAGCAGGUCCCAGGUGCAUACACCUUCAGCAGGUAUUGGGACGAUGGCGGCCCUAGGGGACAUUGAGGAGUACCCACCUGUCCCAUUCCCCACCAGUCUGUCGUCUCCCGGAACACCUGGAGCCCAGCAUCACGCAGCACAGCUUCAUCUCCAUAGCCAUCCACACGGGUCCCCCUAUUCCAGUCCCGAGGUGCACUCCCAGCCAUCAGACCUGGACCUCCAGGAUGUAGAGGAAGUGGAGAUCGGCAGGGAUGCAUGGCCUGACUCUGAGUUGGAGCCCGAGCAGGUUCCAUCAUCUCACCACCUCCACAGUCCAGAAGACAGGGUAGACCCGGAUGGCCAAGUGCUGAGGGGUCUCCUGAGGAGCCGCCCCCACAGGCCCAAGUGUGAGAGUAGCUUUGGGCAGGAUCUUGGCUUGGAGCCCCCGGGAGCCCUGCCUUGCCCUCCACAGAGGGGCACCUGCCGUGUGGUGCUCCUGCCUCAGGGAGCCCCAGGAACCGAGGGUGCUCCUGCCCGGGCCACAGAGCUGGGGGACAGCUUGGGCCGUAGUCCCCAACAGGCCAGCCCCCGGGGUCCCAAGCCACAUCACUGCGAGGCCUGCGGCAAGAGCUUCAAGUACAACUCGCUGCUGCUGAAGCACCAGCGCAUUCACACAGGUGAGAAGCCCUAUGCCUGCCAUGAGUGUGGCAAGCGUUUCCGAGGCUGGUCUGGCUUCAUCCAGCACCACCGAAUCCACACGGGCGAGAAGCCCUACGAAUGUGGCCAGUGCGGCCGUGCCUUCAGCCACAGCUCGCACUUCACACAGCACCUGCGCAUCCAUAACGGUGAGAAGCCCUACAAGUGUGGUGAGUGCGGCCAGGCUUUCAGCCAGAGCUCCAACCUGGUGCGCCACCAGCGGCUGCACACGGGCGAGAAGCCCUACGCUUGCAGCCAAUGCGGCAAAGCCUUCAUCUGGAGCUCCGUGCUCAUAGAGCACCAGCGCAUCCACACUGGCGAGAAGCCUUAUGAGUGCGCUGACUGUGGCAAGGCCUUCCGCGGCCGCUCGCACUUCUUCCGCCACCUGCGGACCCACACGGGCGAGAAGCCCUUUGCCUGCGGAGCGUGCGGCAAAGCCUUCGGCCAGAGUUCACAGCUCAUCCAGCACCAGCGCGUGCACUACCGCGAGUAGCCUUGGCCCCAAUAAAGUCUCUGGAUGGAAAAGGA